UAAAGCAUAAAGGAGUACAAAAACUAUUUCUCCUGCCACUUAAAAUGCUCGCAGGUUAAGCUUUGAACCCAACAGAGAGGGCGUCAUGGCGGAAACCGGCGAGUACUUCCAUCGCUUCCCGCAAUCGAAGUCGAUUGACGCCGUCCGAUGGCUCUCUGCCGUCUCCGCCUUCGACCGCUUCGUUGCCGCCGCCGUCCAUGACCCGGACGCCAGCUCCUCGGCUGCGGCCGCCGCCAUUGAGAUCCACUCCUUAACCCUAGCCACCUCCCCCCUCUCCCCGAGCAUCGGUGAGCCGAGUCUCCACGUCCGCUCCUCUUGGCCCUCCCCUUCCCGGAUAUCGGCACUCCGAUCCUCCCCGACCCCCCACAAGCACCUCGCCGUCGCCGCCGCUACCCUCUCCGGUUCUCUUCACGUCCUCUUCGUGGAUCCCGUCGACGGGUCCAUCGACUCCGAGCUUUCCAUCGCUGAUCGAUCGCUGCACGCGGGACUAGUUUCGGCCGUCGAUCUCCUGGAGGGCGGGAGGGAGUGCAUCACCGCAGGGGAGGACGGCAGGGUGAAUAUGGUGACCAUAGGGGAGGCCAGGCUCGACUAUAGGAGGGUGUACGAUAGCCGGGGUCUCGUGUCCUACACCGCGGCUAGGUGGGGGUCGCCAAUGGAGUUCGCGACUGGUGGUCUGGGGUUUGGGGUCCAGUGGUGGGAUCAGAGGAAGCCCGGCGGUUUGGUGUCUCAGUUAAAGUGUAACUGGGCACAAGACAAAGCUACUGGUAUAGUGCAUUCCAUAGAUAUUCAUCCAUCACGUAAGCAUAUAUGCAUGGUCGGGGGCUCAUCUGGUACUAUAUUUGCCUGGGAUCUUCGUUAUCAACAGCAACCAAUCCUUCUGUCUGGGGUAGGUCAUGAUGGAAGACGAGUAUCUGUCUCAGAGAGUGAGGUCUGGGAGGUCCAGUAUGAUGGUCACUCUCGGUCUUCAAGUGUUACCUCGGCUGCAUCUGCAAAGAUAUUACCUGUCAUGAUAUGUUCAGAAGAUGGAAUCCUCGCUGUUCUUGAACAAGGUGAAGAACCAACAGAACUACUAAUAGAGCCCUGUGCCAUCAAUGCUUUUGAUAUUGAUCCUCAAAACCCAUCUGACGUUGUUUGCAGUUUGGAGUGGGAAACUAUAGGCAUCUUGAUGCGCCCAAGAGAGAGCAUUAUUGCAUAACCUGUCGGGUUGAAUUGUAGGAGAAUUCUGUAUCAUCGGAGGAAGGAGAUUGUUGGCAAGCUUUGGGUAACGGAGGAUGCUGCCGACCAGUCCACUGGAAUGAUGCUAUUGCACCAUUGCUGUCUUCUAACUAACAGAUCAUGCUGUCAUCACUUGCAGGCUUAUGUAAAACAAUCAAGCUAUACCCAUUGUAUCUUGAUUUAGAUCACAUUGUUGAUUCACAAUGACAACGAGCCAGUCAGUUCUGUUCAUUAUUGGUAUUUUGCUAAUGUCACUGCCAAUCUAGAAAUUCUUUGCUCUCUUCUCA